CAAGCCACCAAGCGGUCCACGGACGCCACGAGUCUGCCCGCGAGGAACAACACUUGCGCCCAGCGAGCGAAGCCGGCAGCCGCGAAAGCCACCUCCGAAAUCCAAAUCUUCAUCUCGUCCUCUUCGCGCACCCGAGAUCCUCCUCCUUCGCCUGGAGCGACAGAAACCCACAAAAUCUCGAGCCGAGGCGGCACAAAACGCGUCGGUCAGGCUCGGAUCCCCCGCCAGAUCCCGAGUUCCCGACCCGGCGGCGCGCCCCGCCCUGCCCGGGAUCUCAGAUCUCUCGCCGACCCACCGGCGCGCCGCGUUCCAUGCCGGAGUCGACGACGAAUCGGCUGACGCGGUAACGACUUCCGCUCCCGCCUCGCUGCCUGUUUGGCUCAUGCCGAUGGGCGCCCGCGGACUCGCCGCGCUUGUCGUGCUCCUCCUCGCCUCGGCACUGCUCCCCUGCCCUGCUUCGGGUUCGGUUAGGAGGGUUCUAGAAGGCGAGAAGCACAGCUCCGGCCAGGUCGCUCCUGCACCCACCGUUGCUGCAGGCGGAUCACCAAAGGGCGACUCCCCGAAGGAAUCCGGGCAGUCAUCGGCUGCGGGGCAGAAACCUGAGAGCCACAGGCAUCAGAAAUCACUGCCGCCGGCACCGUCACCACCGAAGGAUACCAAGGUACCGUCGUCAGAGAAGGGGAAGGAAGGGGGUGAGGCGCAGGCCUCUACAACACCACCGCCGCCACCACCGGCACAGGAUACUAAUUCGCAGAAGGCCAGUCCUCCACCAGGAGGUCUGGGACCGAAUGGUGGAGGUGAGGCAAAGAGCGGGACGGACCAGGAGGACACAGGAAGUCAAGGGAAGGAGGAGGACAUGGAUAAAAUGAAGGCAGACAUGGAGAAGUGUGACACAUCACAUAAGUGCUCGGCAAAGGAAUUUUCUGCUUGCCUUCAGGCUUCUGAUCAUGCUUCAGUUGGGUCAUUGAUUAUUGUCCACAAUGAAGGGAAGAAUGAUAUUAUUGUUAAUAUCAAAGAGCCAUCAAAUAUAGAUAUUGAUAAGACGCCUCUACAUCUUGCCAAGGGUGCCUUUCAACAGAUAAACAUACCAAAUGUCAGUGCGAAUAUUACUUUAACUGAUGGACAUGGGGACUGCUUCAUACACCUCGGGCAGUCGGUAGAGAGUCAAUCAGUUUCUAAUUGGCAACAGCAGAUUCAAAUGUUCGCAGCCUAUGCUACCCGUUUGAACCCAAUAUAUGGAGCCUCUUUUUUCAUCUUCACUGUUGUUUUGGUGGGCAUUAUGUGUGCCUGCUGUAAGUUUGCAAGGAGAAGAGGCAACGAUGCAGUCCCGUACCAGCAGCUUGAGAUGGGAGCUCAAGCACCGAACUCUUCAGUGGUGGACAGCACCACAAGCACCACAGAUGGAUGGGAAGACGGCUGGGAUGAUGACUGGGAUGACGAAGAAGCACCUGCAAGACCUUCAGAUAAAAAACCUACUAGUAGCGUUGCAGCAAAUGGCCUGUCUUUGAGAACACAGACCAAUAGCAAAGAUGGUUGGGAUGUUGAUUGGGAUGACUAAGCUCCUUGAACAGAAUGUUGAAUUUACUUGUGAAGUGAGAGAGAAUAUACUUCCAUCUGAACAACUUGCAGGAAAGAAAGAUCCAACUAAACCUGGAA